AUGACUGAGCACCAAGCUCAUGGAGUAGUGCAUCAGCAAGGAGGCCCAAUCGAUUCUGAGGAUCGGGCAUUAGAGAGAUUCCUGAAGUUUGGACCUCCUAAGUUCUACGGAGGCCCAGAACCUGAGGUAGCCGAAGGUUGGUGGGAAAGGAUCUCUGAUAUUUUUGCCGCUUUAAAUUAUACGGAAGAAAGGCAAGUGACUUUUGCGGCAUUCCAGUUUGAGGGAGUUGUUCGUUCCUGGUGGAACUUGAUUAGGGUCAAUUGGGACCGGAAUCAUACUCCUAGGACCUGGGCGAACUUCACAAGGGAAUUCAACGCCAAAUUUCUUCCUCCUCUCAUCCAAGAGAAAAGAGAGGAUGAUUUCAUCAAGUGUAGGCAGGGGGCGAUGAGUGUCGCUGAAUAUGAGGUUCAAUUCACGAAAUUAUCCCGUUAUGCUCCGGAAUUGGUAGCUACGGAGCAAAGGCGUGUAAGGAGAUUUGUUCAGGGACUGAACGUAGAAAUACAGGAAGGAUUAGCUGCCGUGCGGAUAGACACGUUUGCCGACGCUGUCGAAGGAGCCCAACGAGUGGAAGUAGCCAAAGCCCAAGUGAAAUCUUUUCAAGCUAAGAAAAGAUUUGCCUCUAGCAGUAGUCGGGAGCCGACUUAUGGAAAUACCCCACCAGCCAAAAUAGGUCGAGGAACAAGCGGAAUGAAUAGCCCUGGAGUACCACGAGGAACUCUAGCAGGAGGAGCUGGGGCAAGAAAUGCAGGGGGACCAAAUGGAAGAGGUCAACCUAGGAACGGCUCACAAGGAAGUCGUGUGAUAACUUUCUUGGGAACUUGUGGGUAUUGCAAGAAACCUGGACAUACAGAGGCCGGUUGCUGGAAGAAAGAAGGAAAGUGCUUGAAGUGUGGAAGCAGCGAGCACCAAAUUGCCGGUUGCCCGAAAAUACAAGAAGAUGAUACCCUGAACGCUGGACCAACCAAUUCUAGAGGGAAUAGGCCAAAAGUUCCUGCCAGGGUUUACGCUAUAGAUGACCAACCUGUACCUUAUUCCUCGGAACUCGUGGAAGGUACUCUUCCCAUUUCUCACCAAUUAGCUAGAGUGUUAAUUGAUCCUGGUGCAACUCAUUCAUUUGUGAACCCAACUUUUACGUCCGAAAUUAAUGUCAAACCUGUUAGAUUACCUUUGACCUUGAAGUUAAAACACCAAUGGGUAAUAAGAAUAUAA